UGUGUCCUCCGCAACGGCUCCUCUCGCACCGCCAGUCGCAGGAAGAGGACCAGCUUCUCCAAAGAACACGUGGAGCUGCUGCGCGCCACCUUCGAGACUGACCCAUACCCUGGAAUCACCAUCAGAGAGAGCCUGUCCCAGACCACAGGCCUGCCCGAGUCCCGCAUCCAGGUGUGGUUUCAGAACCGAAGAGCUCGCACCCUAAAAUCAAAAGGAUCCAGCAAAGCCCAGUGGCAGUCUCAGAGCCCAGCGCACAGUCCACAGGCUCGCCGCCACACACAGGCCUUUGCACCUCAAAUGCAGCAGGUGUUGAACAAUGGACAGUUUCCUCCUGCCUUCAAUGCCACCGGAGCGUAUGGACAGUGUGGAGUCUCGUAUGGGAUUCAACCAGGAGGCUCAAUGGGCAGUAACCCCAGCUCAAACCUGUGGGAGUACAUGCCUCAGCCAGGCUGCCAAAACAACACUGGGGUGCCUGCGUGGCGUCAGCCUUCCGUGGAGAUGGUAAGCUACAACUCAAGUUCCAGCCAGGCAGCCUCCAGGCACCCUAGUUCAGACAUACACGAGCUCCUUCAAAUAUUCGAAGCAGACACUCCUGAUUCUGGAUACUUCAACAGCAGCCGAGAGAGCAGCCCAACGGGUUGUCUGGAAGUCCCGACCCCACAGAUGAGGAUUAUUGGGGAGACUGUAGCAGCUCUUGAGGACGGCAGGGAUGCAGGACAUCCGCCAGUGGUCCAGCAUAGCUCACUGCCAGUGCUGUCAUUGCAAGAUAUUAUGUGGGAGCUGAAUGAGGAAUGGCUGGGAGGAAAUGGACUGGACAACGGAGUCAGUGGAGAGGAGCCCCUUACUUCUGAUGGCUAUGAUGAGUAUUUUAAUGGCUCAAGUGUUUGA